AAACGCAUCCAAGCGGAAUGGGAGGAGCAACAGCGGAUGGAGGAGGAGGAAAAGGAGAAGAAAGAUCAGGAACUUGAGAGUGUACUUCUGCAGCUGGACCAAGAACUGGGCAACGAGAAGGAGCCUUCCAAGGAUUGGCGUAACCCAGAGGCACCCGCAUCGAGUCAACUACCCGGGAACCAACCUGUACGGGCUGAGAAGAAAGAAGAGCUGUGUUCCUUCUUCAUGAAGACCGGUGCUUGCCGUUUCAGAGAGAGGUGCUCCAGGACACACCCACCAACGGAAUGUGGCACCACCCUCAUGAUCCCGGGAAUGUAUACAAACUUUGGUCUCGGUCCAGACUUCAAGGAUGAAUACGACGCCGACAUCGGUUUGGAGUGCGACGAGGAGUCCGCUUACGUGAACUUCCACGAGUUUUAUGAAGAUGUCUUACCCGAGUUCCGUGAAUAUGGAAAGGUUUUGCAGUUGAAGGUAUGUCGUAAUUGGGAGCACCAUUUGAGAGGUAACGUCUAUGUCCAGUACAGUAGUGAAGAGGAAGCAGCCAAGGCUCUUGAAGUCUUCACAGGCCGUUUCUACGGUGGAAAGCAGCUGGAUCCACGAUACUGUCCGGUCAACAGAUGGAAACCAGCGAUAUGUGGGCUUUUCCAUCGUGACAGAUGUCCAAGGGGGAAGCACUGUAACUUCCUUCACGUGUUCCGCAAUCCUAGAGGUGAAUUUUCUGACGCUGAUCAAGACCGUCCUCCUAGAACACCAAGUCAUCGCCGGGACGACCAGAGGAGGCGAGAUUGGCAGGCCAGGGAGACCAGGAGACGCUCAAGGAGUAGAAGUAGAAUGGAUUAUGGACGUUCAAGAAAACACUCGAGAAGUAGGAGUAGGGAAAGAAACAGGAGGCGGUACUCACAUAGACGAAGCAGAAGCAGAGAGCGGUAUGUGAGAAGAAGCAGGAGCAGGGACAGGGAUCCCAGAAAAAGUCGUAGCAGAAGCAGAGACAGAGGUUCUAGAAGAAAAACUCGAAGCAGAAGCAGAGAGAGAGGUUCUAGAAAAAGUCGGAGCAGAAGCAGAGACAGAGAUCCUAGAAGAAGUCGUAGCAGAAGCAGAGAGAGAGGUUCCAGAAGAAGUCGUAGCAGAAGCAGAGACAGAGGUUCUAGAAGAAGUCGUAGCAGAAGCAGAGAUAUUCAUCCCAGAAAAAGUCGUAGCAGAAGCAGAGAGAGAGAUCCUAGAAGAAGUCGUAGUAGAAGCAGAGACAGAGGUUCUAGAAGAAGUCGUAGCAGAAGCAGAGAGAGAGAUCCUAGAAGAAAUCGUAGCAGAAGCAGAGACAGGGAUUCCAGAAGAAGUAGAAGUAGAGAUAGGAGUAGAAGCAGAGAGAGGUUGGGUAGAAGAACAAGGAACAAAAAACAUUUAAGAAGGAGCAGCAGUGAAAAUAGCAGUGAUAGAGGAAGUAGGAGUGCAAGUAGAGAGAGGCAGUUGCAUUCUGGUAGUUCAAGAAAAGAGGAAGGUAGUCAAUUUGAUCGCAACAGAAGCAGAAGUACAAGUAAGGAAAGGUUCCGAAAGAGGAGUAGAUCUAGCUCAGAUCAUAGUGAUGUCGGGUCUGAUGUUAGAGAACACAAGAUGAUUCGAAGUGAUAGUACAAACAGGAUUUAUGGAAGGGUUGUGCAUGGUAGGAAAGACAAGGUCAAGGGAAGAAAAAGCCCAAGUAGGGUGCGGGAGAGAGAUAGAGCGGAAAGUACUUCGGAUAGUGAUCACGAGCAAAGCAAACCAAACCUUCCUCUGAAAGUAAAUGGUUCAAAGAACAGUAUCCCUCACCUGGAAUCGAACGACAAAUUUCUUGUGAGUUCUUCUUAUAAAGACGAGGAAAGGCCUCCCGCCGAUGACCAUACUGUGACAGCGGCUGCCUAUAGAAAAAAGAAAAGCAAAACAAAGCACAAAGGGAAGCACAAACGGCGCUCCUCCUCGGAGCUCAAGACAAAAAGGGGGAGGCGUCGGGAAAGUGAAGCUUCGUGUCCCAGCUCUUCUGAAGAACAGGAGAAAGAAGAUUUGAAAGCAAAGGAAAGGGAAAUGAGAGAGAGGAUAGAGAAGAGACACCUUGCAGUGGUGAACCUUAAAUCUGGCGAACUUGUGACCAAAGGAGAUCAGGGUAAUGAGUCAGAUGAUGAUGAAGCCUUGAGGCUUGCAGCCAUGAGGACAAUGGGGCAUAGGUCAGCAAACACGUGACCUUUAAUCUAGGCAUCCCACGCUCAUUGAAAUAUACAUUCUUGUUAUAUAUGAUAUCAGUCCUGGUAACUUGAAGAACGCUGUUAAAAACAUGUAUUUAGUACCGUAGCCUGUUCAUAAAGAUUUGUUAUAGUAUUAAGUGUGCAGGUAAAGAUGAAAGCUACAGAGAUCACUCACAUGAUUGGCUAAUAGUAAUCUUGUUAUAGAAAUGACACAUUUGUUAUUAAUAACAAGUCUCAAUGAAAACAGGGUUCUUAUUGUGAAUUUGAAUAAUGGAUUAACCUGUCUCAAAGUGAUGGUGAAAUGCUUUUCAUGAUGUCCGUAAAAUGCAGUUAAAGAUGAAAGCUACUGAGAUCAUUCACAUGAUUGGCUAAUAGUAAUCUUGUUAUAGAAAUGACACAUUUGUUAUUAAUAACAAGUCUCAAUGAAAACAGGGUUCUUAUUGUGAAUUUGAAUACUGGAUUAACCUGUCUCAAAUUGAUGGUGAAAUGCUGUUUAUGAUGUCCGUAAAAUGCAGUUGAAGAUGAAAGCUACUGAGAUCAUUCACAUGAUUGGCUAAUAGUAAUCUUGUUAUAGAAAUGACACAUUUGUUAUUAAUAACAAGUCUCAAUGAAAACAGGGUUCUUAUUGUGAAUUUGAAUACUGGAAUAACCUGUCUCAAAUUGAUGGUGAAAUUCUUUUCAUGAUGUCCGUAAAAUGCAGUUAAAGAUGAAAGCUACUGAGAUCAUUCACAUGAUUGGCUAAUAGUAAUCUUGUUAUAGAAAUUACACAUUUGUUAUUAAUAACAAGUCUCAAUGAAAACAGGGUUCUUAUUGUGAAUUUGAAUACUGGAAUAACCUGUCUUAAAUUGAUGGUGAAAUGCUGUUUAUGAUGUC